AUGCCGUUCACUCGCCGUAGCUCCCUCGCUAUGACGGACGACUCCUCGAUCCAACGGCUCUCAGACCAUCUGCUUGCGAGAAUCCUCCAUCUCGCCUCUGCACCCGGCAGGUUCCACCACGCGCUAGUGUGCAAGAAGUGGCGCGACGCGGCGUGUCGCGUGCAGGAUGCCGUUCAGCUGCGCGCCGACCGUCGCAUGGACGCGCGCCGACUGCUCUCCGAGAUCUCGGCAUUCCCGAGGCUCACAGAACUUAUCCUGUCCGAUCGCAGUCUGAUAUUCAUUCCCGAGGCUUUCCUCUCGAUCAUGGGCGCCACGCAUCCCGGGCUGAUCAAGUUUCACUUUCGAACCAUGUUCGACACCGUCGCGCGCAUCGAAUGUUUCACCGAGGAAGGCCUUUCGCGCUUCUUCCAGGGAUGCACGCGCCUCGAGGACCUCAAUCUAGAGUGCCCGCCGGGCCUGCCCGCCAUUCCCGCCGCCAUCGGCGCCCUCGCGCGCCUCGCUCACCUGCACCUCGCGGCGCACGUGCGCAGCCUCCCAGAUGCCUUCACGAGCUUGCGCGCGCUGUGCACGUGCGCGCUGCACAUGCCCGCCCUGCACGAGCUGCCUCGGGGCUUCGGCAGCCUGACGUCUCUCCAGUCCUUGCACCUCGAUGCCUGUCAAUCUCUCGCUUCACUCCCGGAAUGCUUUGGCGAGCUCGCUAACCUAGACCGUCUGUCCAUCAGCGGCUGUACCAGCUUCCGCCUGCCGGGCUCCUUCCCUGCGCUGUCAUCGCUCAGGGAGUUGAAGGUGAAGCGCUGCCAGGCGCUCUCCCCACUGCCGGAAGGAUUCGGGCGGCUGCAGGCGCUGGAGAGUGUGGUGGUGGAGGAGGUGCGUGGGAUCGCAGGCCUUCCUGAGUCCCUCGGGCACCUGCAGCGCCUGCACUCCCUUUCCAUCCACGACUGCCACGACCUUUUCUUCACACGCUUACCUGACUCCUUGACUCUCGCCACGGCCCUGCAGCAGCUGGCGCUUCGCAAUCUGCACUCGCUGACGGCUCUUCCUCGCGACUUGGGGAGCCUCAGCAGCCUGCGCGCGCUUGAGAUUGUGGAGUGCAGCGCGCUGGUGGGGCUGCCCGCCUCGCUGUGCCUGCUCUCCUCCCUCACUCUCCUCACACUCACUGAAUGCCCCGCACUGGCAGCGCUGCCUCGUGCCAUGGGCCUUGGCCUGCACAGCCUGCGACACCUCACUCUCAGCUGCAAGAGCCUCACCCACCUGCCUCUGUCCUUCUUCAAACUGACCUCGCUUGAAGAGCUGAGCAUCGCACACCUGCCGUGCGUGAGAGGGCCCCUGCCAGACGACUUGAGCCGCUUCACACGCCUGAGGGACCUCUCUCUCGCUGCCAUGCCGCACCUCACGGCCCUCCCGCCGUCGCUCGCUGCUCUCACCCCCACGCUCACCAGCCUGCGCGUGGACGGCUGCAGCGACUUGAGGCACGGCACGUGGCGGACGAGCUCGCCCAGCUGA